GCCGGUGACUUCGGUGAUUAUUAAUUGUUUUUAGAGUAUUUUUAUUUAUUUUUUUUGUUUUAUUUAUUUUAUUUUCGUUUUUAUAAAAAAAAAAAAAAAAAGGGCUAGCGGUUAGGAUUAGAUUUUUUUAUAUAUUAGAUUUUUUUUAUUUAAUAGAUUGUUGGUUGUUUUUAUUUUAUAUCUAUAUCUUAUAUAUCUAUCUCAUAUCUUUUAUCUCUAUCUCAUAUCUUCUAAUUCUCUUUCCUAUCUUUUAUUUUUAUAUCACUAUCUCUUUCUUAUUUCUCUAUCUUUUCUCUCUUUUAUUUUAUUUUGCUAUCUUUUCUAUCUUCUUUCCCUUCUUUAUUAUUCUUCUUAUUAUUAUUACUAGAUUUUUUUUACUAACUUUUUUUUUAUUGUUUCAGGUUUCGUUUUUACUAACUCUUUCUUUUUUUUUUCUUUUAUUAUUCUUUUUUUUUACUAACGUGUUUUUCUUGUUUUUUUUUCUUUUCCAAUAACUUUUUUUUUGUUUUAUUUUUGCUGUGGUGAAAAAAAAAACGGAACACAAGUGUUACUUUGUGGAGCUUUUGCAGUGAUGGAAGCUAAACUUGAUAAGCUAGAAGCCAAACUCGACGAGAUACAAUUUUCUGUUACACAAAUGUUGCUCAAGAGCUAUCAACAACAGUUUGAGUCACCUCAAUGCUAUCCACAAGAGAAUUAUGAAAAUAUUUGGUGUGACCCACCUUGCUAUCAUCCACAAGGGCAAUUCCAACAGUCUAUUUAUGCACCACCAUGCUACUAUCCGCAAGAGGAAUUUCAAUAUCCAUUUCAUGAUCCACAUCAUUCACAAGAGGAAUUUCAUCAACCUUGGAAUGAUCCACCCCAAUUUUUGGAAGACCUUUCAAAGCAAUAUGAAGCAAACCAAGCCCAGUUUCAACAACCUCGACACGAGGAACCUUCCAUAUUGCAAGAAAUUCAAGACAUGUUGAACCAAAUGUCUGCAAAUCUCAAUGCAAAUGCUGAUCAACACCUGCAAGAUACUGCAAAUUUACAAGCUCCAGUUAACGAGCUUGUUGCACGCGCUCCCACAUUGCAACAUGAAGCUGAUGCAGAGAUUGAUGAUGAAGUUAAUCCUUGUGAUGAUACUCAUCUUGAUGCUAAGACUAAUGGUUCUAGUGAUGUUAGUGAGUUUGAAGUUGAUUUUGCUUCUGAUGCUGAUUCUAAUGAUGAAGCCAACCAACAAGAAAUACAUCUCCCUCUUCCACAAAGAACUUAUGAGAAUGAGAAGAUGUAUCAUGGUGAAGUGUUGGAUGAUUUCAAGAAGUGUUUUGCAGUGGAUGAAGUUAAGAAGAUGGAUGUAGAACGUGGAUCUAAAUUAGCAAUUUUUCCACAUGAGCCGCUGUUAAUUAAUCUAGAUAUUUUUGAAAAAGUCGUGCUUAUUGGAGAGUUUGUUGAUUGCAAGAAGCCAACCUCAAUGGAGGAAUACUUUUUGAAACCUCUACCGAAACCUCCAGACAAAGAGUUGAUUGUUGAAUGUACUGAUUUUUCAUUUACUCUUAUUUCAGGUUGGACACAUGCUCGAAAAAAGUUUUCACUCAAACUGAACAUUGUCAUGAGUCAUGCUGAAGGUGCUAGAAAACAGUUUGGGUUUGUUAAGAUUGUUGCAGAUGAGAUCCCUCCAAAGCCACCUGACUUGUGGAUUGUUGUUGUUGUGCCUCAAGACUAUGAGCUUCCUCUUAAUGCAAGGCCUCCACCGGACCCGGGUGAUAGCAGAUUCAGAGCAUUACCCGGUUUCAUGCCUCGCCAACUCCCUUGAUCCCUGGUUUUUCCUAACCUUUCUCUUUUAUUACACUUGUCUAAUUUAUUUGAUGAUUUGUGCCUCACAUUGAGGACAAUGUGUGAUUUAAGUGUGGGGGUGGGAAUCGUAUUUAGGAGUAGUAGAACCUCAGUUAGGAUAGUUUGCAAUUUCAAUUUAUUUGUUUUUUUAUUAUUGUUUUCAAUAAAAGAGUACACACUUUUACAUUGAGUUUUAGAGAUGCUGAGUUUGUGAGCAAUGUAACCACUUUUCUGUUAAGUUUCAUGUUUUUUUUGGAUGAA